AAAACAUGCUUUAAACUGCCACCGGAUGAAGCCCGCCUUGUUUAAUGUGCUGUGCGAAAUCAAAGAAAAAACAGUUUUGAGUAUCCGGGGCGCCCAGGAAGAGGAGCCCACCGACCCCCAGCUGAUGCGCCUGGACAACAUGCUGCUGGCAGAGGGCGUAGCCGGGCCCGAGAAGGGCGGCGGCUCGGCGGCGGCGGCCGCGGCGGCAGCUGCGUCCGGCGGGGCGGGCUCGGACAACUCGGUGGAGCAUUCCGACUACAGAGCCAAACUGUCCCAGAUCAGACAGAUCUAUCACACGGAGCUGGAGAAAUAUGAGCAGGCCUGCAACGAGUUCACCACCCACGUGAUGAACCUGCUGCGCGAGCAGAGCCGGACCAGGCCCAUCUCCCCGAAGGAGAUCGAACGCAUGGUCAGCAUUAUCCAUCGCAAGUUCAGCUCCAUCCAGAUGCAGCUGAAGCAGAGCACGUGCGAGGCCGUCAUGAUCCUGCGGUCCCGCUUCCUGGAUGCGCGGCGGAAGAGACGGAAUUUCAACAAGCAAGCGACGGAAAUCCUGAAUGAAUAUUUCUAUUCCCAUCUCAGCAACCCUUACCCCAGCGAGGAAGCCAAAGAGGAGUUAGCCAAGAAAUGCGGCAUCACCGUGUCCCAGGUAUCAAACUGGUUUGGAAAUAAGCGAAUCCGGUACAAGAAGAACAUAGGUAAAUUCCAAGAGGAAGCCAAUAUUUAUGCGGCCAAAACGGCUGUCACCGCUACCAAUGUGUCAGCCCAUGGAAGCCAAGCUAACUCACCCUCAACUCCCAACUCAGCUGGUUCUUCCAGUUCUUUUAACAUGUCAAACUCUGGAGAUUUGUUCAUGAGCGUGCAGUCACUCAAUGGGGAUUCUUACCAAGGGGCCCAGGUUGGAGCCAACGUGCAAUCACAGGUGGAUACCCUUCGCCAUGUUAUCAGCCAGACAGGAGGAUACAGUGAUGGACUCGCAGCCAGUCAGAUGUACAGUCCGCAGGGCAUCAGUGCUAAUGGAGGCUGGCAGGAUGCCACUACCCCUUCAUCAGUGACCUCCCCUACAGAAGGCCCUGGCAGUGUUCACUCCGAUACCUCCAACUGACCUCCCAGCAGUCGCAUCCCGGCUGACCCUGCGCCCCAGUCGGGCAGGGCCAGGAGGGAGGGUGUCUCCCCACGCUGAAGCGGUCAGACUGGAGGUCGAAGCAAUCAGCAAACACAAUGAGUCUCCUUCUCUUCUCCCCUUUGGGAUGCCAUCUCAGCCAAUCUGGACACUUCUUUAUACUCUCUUCCCUUUUCUUUCUGGGUAGAAACCCCCCUUCCCUGCCUCCAGCUGUCAGCCUGGUGUCCGCCGUCUUCCCUGCCCCUUCCCUCUGCCCCUCACUCCCUGGGUCCCUGUCCUCUGCACAUCACUGAAGGAUAUUUUCAACCAUUAGAGGAAUUUAAAGAGGAAAAAAACUACAAAGAAAAUAAUAAACGUGUUUGUAUGUUUUCACGCUGGUGGUUUGAGGAGCCACGUUUACCUCACUGGGGUCCCUCUGUCAGCAGGCAGCCCUCCUCUGCUUCUCCUGAUCCUCUCGCUACCUCUGUAGGAGUCGCCACCCCGCCCAUCCCGCCUCCCCCUCCUCCUGCUCUUCCCUGCCUGGGGACAGCUCCCAUCAGAGCGCUUUCCUCCUCUUCCUUCCGAGCCCCAGGUGUUCCCUGGGGACUGCCAUAGCUGUGCUACUCAAGGUGCCCCGUUUCCGGCUUCAGCCCAACAGGUUGGUUUCCAGGCAGGAAGUCUGCAGCAGGAGAGGGCAGCAUUCCUAGAGGCUUCCCAUCCUGCUAAUGACAGCUCUUGGUUUCAGAGGCGCAGUCUUUGGAAACCGUGCACCAUGUAGAAAGCAAUGUCCGGAACCUGCUUUGCAAUCAGUUGUGUUAGGCACGGGGAUGAAUGCAUCACGAAGGAGGAAACGGGUCUUACCCUGAAACCCUUCAACUACACGCGCAUGCACACGCACGCACACCCCUGUUGGCACGUGCCCAGUCACGCAUUCGCUUCCCCAAGACCAGUCGCAUGCCACAAACACCGACAUUAGAAACCACAGCCAUUACGCCUUAGGAGCCCAAGAGAGAGAAUUAGCAACCUCAAGUGAAGGUCACUGACACAGAGAAACAACAUGGACCUGGGGUGCCCAGGACCUGCAGGUCCCCAGCCCCCACAUGCCAGCACGACCCCCCCAGGACAGGCCCAGUUCCCAGUGCCAGCCACUCCCGCUCCCACUGCCUCGAGCUCUCAGGGAGCCAGUCACAAUCCUUACGAAACCUGUCAUGGACUUGGUUCUGUUUCGGUUUUGUUUUAGCGAUAGGGACAUGGCAUUAAUUAUCUAAAGGGUUAUGUGGCACCACGUCUUGUUCUCGAGGAGAGAGUUGUGUAAGAGCAUGGCUUGGGCAGACCUUGCGCUGGCUUAAUUUGAGGAGCUAAGUGGUGGGGGAAUGGGGCGAUAAUGUUCUCAGUGAAAGUGUCAUGGCGAUUUUUGUCCUCUGGGAGCAUCUUAGGGAGAAGAGUGUGUACUGGAAAGCUAGUCUCUCAUGCCACCUGCGCUUACAUUCUUCGUAGCCAACCGUGCCAGCAGUAAAGAUAGCGGCUCUGCCAUUUGUUGAGUGGGAGGUGGUCACGUGCCUCAUUUUCUUUAUUUAUAAAACGGGAGUAAUUAUUAUGCCUGGCUCACCAAGGGGCUUGUGAGAGAUGGGCUACAUCAGUGUCAUCCACGUCCAAUCUGUACAUGUGAACUCAGGGUUGUAGCUUCUCUGAGAUACACUGGUUCUUGCCAGAUGGGGACAAUAGGUGGUUUUCCUAUUCUAACUUUCGGUUAACAUCAGCGCCCUGAUGUCAUCACCAUGAUGACAAAAAGAAGGGCUAUUGUUGUUGCUUUUUUAGUUCACUUGUUUGUUUUGGUCUGUUUGGUUUCGUAGAGUAGAGAUAAGCUCCCAACCUAGAAAAAUCCGACCUGGUUCUCUUAGUUUGUACUUGAAUCCAAUAUGUGGCCUUGUAAGUACUUAGUCCCCCAUCACAUGGACUCUGUUUGAGAGGCUCCUGGGAAGGCAUUAGGCCCUGAGGGGUGAGGACGGCCAGCUAACAAGGUCAUGGAAAUUCCGCAUGGCGACAGUAACGACCUGUGUGUGUGCUGGGGGAGGUUCCCAAGGAUACUGGAGGGUAUGCAUACUUGAAGGAAAUACAAAAAGCAAAUAUUUGACCAGGUGGGAUUAUGCCUUGCUGACUAAGCGCCCUUGAGAGGCUGUGUCUGCUGACCUGGGCCGUGGUCAGAACAGGGCCCCACACAGAGCAUUCCUAGGAGGUGCCAUCACGCGACAGCGCUGUCGCGAUGAGAACCAAUGGCGAGCUCUGUCUCAGGGGUAGGGAUGUGCUGAACCACCCUUACAGGAAUUUGGUUGGAUCACGUCCACGUGACUUUGGGUGAAGUACAAAAGAGACGCAAAGGGUUGUCCUGCACAUGGGAGGAAGGCUCCGGGUUUGGGCUGAACGAUUGCCAUUGCAAGUUCAUAGACAAGACCAGAGCCCAGGCGGCCUCCCUCCCGGCAGUCACUUUCACUGAUGAUCACUCUCACGGCACCUUUCCCGCCCGGCACCUCUCUGUCUCUGUCCCACACCUCCCUCCAUGGCCAGAGUCAUGUCCCACAUGGCAGCCACGCGGUCUCUCCAUGUUAAGCAGAGCAUGGGAGCCCUGCCCAAAGGGGGAUGGCAAAGAGUUUCCCUCUGGAAAUACAGCGCCCUGGGAAUUCAUAGUAGGUCACCCCACAGAUAGACACCAACCGUGCCCCCGGGACCCUGUUUCUAAUGGAAGUGGAAGCCCCCCUUUCCCUGGCAGCAAAUUUCCCGGGGAAGCGAUACCACCCUUGGGCUUGCCUGCCUUCUGACGCUUCAUCGCAUCCUCCUUUCCAUCCCCAAGUCAUCCCCCAGCGCACACUUGACGCGCUCCUUUUGAGUGACACCUUGACGUGACUCUUCAUUGUGCUCUGGUGGUGGUUCUUUAUUUGCUGGCUGCCUUCUCUCUCACCUUUCCUCCCACUCUUUUUCUUCUGAGUUUGAUUUUUCUGCCCAGAAAAACCUGACUUCGAUACCAAAAAAGAUAAAACUACAGAAACUCAAAUUUAAAAAAAACAAAAAAAAAACAAAAAAAAUACUCAACGAUUCUUUCAGCUUUAUUAACAUUUUCCAUUGUUUCUUGCGACUUGUGUCUAGUUCUUUGUAGUACUGAUGACGAACAUUUGAUAAGGAAUGUUCUUGUAUAUUCAGAUAAAGGAAAAAAAAACCAAAAAGGCGGUCUGAAUUUAAUAGUGUUUAUAAUAAAAAUUUUAAAAAUGACCCUCAUAGCACGCAAAACAGGAUGGGGAAUUGCCCCUUUUCUUUCUGUGACAAUACGCAUCAUUCCUGAAUUAGUUUUUAACACCAAACUACCUACAUUCAUCAUUUCCCCCAUUUUUCUUUUAUUUUCUCGCAUUUGUGAAUUAGUUCAAGAAUGCUAGAAAAGUGUCGAGUUGUGCACAUCCAUUUCCUGUUUCACAAUGUUUAAAAGUGACAGUAAUUCAUUUUGUAAACUAAAAAAAAAAGUUGGAAUAGUGAGCAUCAUAGGUACCACCUAACACGUUAUUAUGUUUAUUAACUUUGAGACCCAGAAAUAAUUUCUUUUCUUUACUCCUGCUCUUUAAAAUAUAACAAAAAAAAUUAUGUUUUGUGUUAUUUUUGGUUUGUUUAUGGGGGAGGGGGGCGUUUUUUUUUAAUUGUCAGGAUUAUGACCUUGCUGUUUGAUUCCUUAGCUAUGUAUACAAGGUGAUGUGAAAAGAUGACAUUUGUAGAGUAGCAGCUUCCUCUUCAGAAUGUAUUGACUUCAGAAACAAAGAGAAAGAAAGCGGAUGCAGACAUCAUGCGCUCACCUGCGUUUCUAACGUGGGCUUCCCUGCUAAAAACCUCUGAGAAAAACAAAGUCGGGGUCUUGAGUUCUCCAUUUGGCUCUUUAGAAUUCACGGAAUCCGUCCAGGGGACCUUUUAUACUGUAGGGGAGGUUUUUGCUCUUGUUGAUUGCGAAUGUCACAACGAAAUACUUUCUUUUCUUUCUUCCUGAUUAGCAACAACCUUCCAGGAGGCCCCUUCUAACUAGGGAGGGUUUCUCUUCCAGAAAAACGCCCCAAGAGAUCCUGGUGUGAUGGGCCAUGGAUGGGCGAAGCAUCCCGUGUCUGGAGAAAGAGUUGGUGAAAAACUGAGCCAGACUCAAUGCUGCCAUUUCAGUGCUGGGGGUUAAGUUUGGUUCCUCGACAGCACAGCUUUUUUCCGGCAGCUGUUCAAAGCAAAUUGUACAACUGGCUUGAUUCAGAAUGUUUGUAUUAGAGUAGUUACAGGGAAAAAGAAAGGAGUAUUAUCUGGAAGAAGCUUUAUUUUGAACAUCUUCCAUUCAACAAAUGAUUACGAGUUCAGAAAGCAGCCAGAACCUACAGAGAGAAGUGGGAGAAUUGGAGAACUGGGCUGAGACGCGUUAGGAAAGUGUUUCCACCCCAACUAUUGGACUCUUGUUUUUAAGUCAGAGCAGAACAAUGAUGGGCUUUUCACAUCACCUUCGUGGUUUCACUCCCUAGCUCAAAGCUUUCUGGAAUCCUUUAUUUUUUUGUAAACUUUUCCUUCCUUUUAUUAAAAUAAAUAAAACAUCCAAUGUUUUGUUUCCCUUUUCCUCCCUUGUCACUCCUUUUCUUUCCUUUGGCGUUUUCAGUUUUCAGUUAUUUUGAAGUGAUUUCCUUUGGUUGUUGGUUUUACCCUCCCGCGCGCUCCUUGCCCAGAGUGUAAACCUGCAAAGCUCUGCUGUUUUGGUUUUGAGAGUUUAAGCUUUUCUGCUUCUGUGAGAGCACAGGCUUCUGUCCCUUUUGAUUCCAAGUGAGCUUUUGUGUUCUCUGAUGAUACUAACACGGUGUAGGUUUUCCAGUCUCCUAAUUUGUACUGGUCAUGCAUAUUCCAAAUAAAUAGUUUCUUUUGUUGCAAAAAACA